UACUCUCGAUGUGAACGUGUAUUUUUGUGCUACGAUACGAUCAGUAUUACAAAAUACACCAAACGAUAGGUGAAGACACAUCUUGGGCAAUUUAGACUGUCACUUACCGUAAGGAAGCAAAGUGGCAGGUUUUGUCAGUCCAAGGAAGCCAUCACAGACGCGAUAUAAACCGGGUGGCGGCGGCAGCUAUUUCUGGAGCAAGGUGGCGGUGAGGUGGUGGAGGCUCAUUCCUGCAGGGCGCGUCGUCACGGUGACAAAAUGGACUCCUUACCAAUGUCUAUGGACAGGGACUCCCUGCAGCAGCUACUAGAGGAAAUAGAUACUGUCCUUCUCGACUGUGACGGUGUAUUGUGGCGAGGGGCACAGGGCACAGAUGUGGUGCCACGGGCACAAGAAGUGGUCUCCAGGCUCAAGUUGAUGGGUAAAAAGGUGUUCCUUGUGACCAAUAACUCAACAGUAACACAAGAUGACUGCUAUAGAAAAUGUAACACUCUUGGAUUCACCGUUGAGAAGGAAUCCAUCAUUUGUGCUUCAUUUGUGUUAGCACAGUAUCUGAAGGAGAUCAAUUUCCAGAAGAAGGUGUAUGUUGUUGGGGCAGCUGCCAUUGCCCAGGAACUGCAGGAUGCUGGUAUUCGCUGCAUAGGUGUUGGGCCUGAGAGAAUAGGUGGGUCCAUAUAUGCUGCAUUGGCUGAGGGCAAGCUGGGCCUGGAUCCUGAGGUUGGAGCGGUGGCUGUUGGCUUUGAUCGGGAGUUUAGUUAUGACAAGUUGGUUCGUGCCAUCACUUACCUGGCCAACCCCGAGUGUUUAUUCAUGGCCACCAACACAGAUGAGAAGUACAUGGUGACUGGCACACCACUCUACUUACCUGCUGCUGGUGUCCUGGUGAAGGCCAUUGAUGGCAGUCCCCUACCCCAGCUCACCUCGGGCCCUCAUCCCCUCCAAGUGGUGCGGUCAGUCAAGCCGCUUGGGAUCACAGUGGACGACCAGCUGACAUGGAAGCAGCAUAUCACUGCCACAGUUAGGGUGGCAGCCUACAGACUUUACAUGCUACGCAGACUCAAAUCGCUGGGCACACCAGCAGUGAAGUUAAAAGGGGCAUACCUAACCUUUAUUCUGCCAAGAUUCAUGUAUGCCUCACCAGCCUGGUCCUCCGGUCUCGAUCACCGCCACUCAACGGCAGCAGCUAGAGGAUACUGUCUAAUCAAACACCGAGAGGCCCUGAAGAAACUAGGCAUAAGUCUACUAUGUCACCUGUGGUUUCGCCACCUGCUCCCCUGCCACCCUUGCCCUGUCCACACCACACGUCACAACAAUGUCGUCAUGCCCAUAAGGGCCCCUCGCACCGACCGCUAUCAAAACUGCGCGAUACCCGCCAUGGUACAAACCAUAAACCACUAG